CAUUUAUAUAAAUAGCCACGACAUAUCCCAGACUCAAAGCAACUGACAGAAAUGAAAAGUGAAGACGCCUGUACAGGAGCAAAUGAAAUUUCCUGCAACGGAAUAUCAACUUCUUCUACGAGUGUCUCCCUUGAUCGGGCAACCGGUCCAAUAAUGGAGGAUCGCUUAGUUAGCUGUUAUGACAAAGGAAUUAACUAUAUAUGUAAAGUGUGUGACAAGGAGUGUAGAAACAAUGCUGAUCUAGAGGAACAUAUAAUAACUCAUACUACUGGAAAUCAAGCUUUCAAAUGCAAAAAGUGUAAAAAAGAGUUUGGCGCUUAUAGUGUGCUACAGAUGCAUUUAAAGACACACGCUAGGAGUCAUAUAUGUGAAAAAUGUGGUACAGGUUUUCGUAAGGAUGAUGACUUAAAGACACACUUGAAAAGUCACUCUGAAAAUAGGCCUAAUGUAUUUACAUUUGAUGUAUGUGAUAGAGGGUUUAAUGUGUAUAGGUAUCUACAGACCCACAUGAGAACACAUACUGGAGAAAAACCUUAUAAAUGUGAUGUAUGUGGUAGAAGAUUUGCUUGCAGUAAUUUCAAACGAACUCACAUGAGAACGCACACCGGUGAAAAACCUUAUGUUUGUGAUGUAUGUGGAAAAAGUUGUAGCCAGCUUAGUAGUAUACAGAGCCACAUGAGAACACAUACAGGUGAUAAAUCUUUUAAAUGUGAUGUAUGUCGUAAAGUGUUUACUAACAAAUGCUGCUUGAGGAGACACACAAAAAUACACACUGGGGAAAGACCUUUCAGAUGUGAUGUAUGUGGUCAUGGGUUUAUUCAGAAUUGUGACCUGCAGAAACAUAUGAGAAUACAUACUGGUAACGAAGAUAAACUGUAUAAAUGUGAUGUUUGUGGGAAAGGAUUUACUAACAAAUGGUACUUGAAGAACCACACAGCAACUCACAUUGGUGAAAGACCUUCUAUAUGUGAUAUAUGUGGUAAUGGGUUUAGAAAAAAAUGCGACAUAAUGAGACACAUGAAAAUACAUACUGGUCAUGUGGAUAAACAGUAUAAAUGUGAAAUAUGUGAUAAAAGGUUUAGUAAGAAACAGCACUUAACAACUCACAUGAGAACACAUACUGGUGAUAAACCGUAUACAUGUGAUGUAUGUGGGAGAGGGUUUACUACCAGUUGGUGCUUGAAGAGACACACAACAACACACACUGGUGAAAGACCUGUCAAUUGUGAUAUAUGUGGUAAAGGUUUCAUUCAGAAUUGUGACUUACAAAAACACAUGAGAAUACAUACGGGUGAAAAACCGUUUAAAUGUGAUUAAUAUUAUACAUGUUAUAAAUGGUUUAGACAGAAUAUAAAAUAGGAUCA